AUGUUCAAAAACGGUGAGCAGCGGCUCUUUCACCGCGCAUACCUCGCUGCCACGGGCCAGAUGUUUCAGCAGAUGUGUGGUGUAAAUCUGAUCACCUAUUACGCAACAACUAUCUUUCAGCAGUAUCUUGGAAUGAAUGCUGUGGACUCUCGGAUCCUCGCAGCUGCAAUGACAAUGAUGCAGCCCCUCGGUGGGUACAUUGCCUAUUUCACUAUCGACCGUCUCGGCCGCCGCCCUCUCAUGUUGUGGAGUGCCGGAGCGAUGGCAAUCUGUAUGGCAGGUCUCGCGGGCACGACCUCCCCCUCUGCAGCCAAUAACACUGGAGCACUCGCCAUGGCCGUGGUCUUCCUAUUCUGCUUCCAAUUCAUCUUCACAGUUGGCUACUGCGGUCUAACCUUCCUCUACGCCGCGGAAAUGGCACCUCUGCAGGUCCGUGCCACAGUGAACGCGGUAUCCACUGCCACCGUGUGGGCUUUCAGUUUUAUGAUAGCCCAGGUAACCCCUGUUGGUUUCUCCACGAUCGGAAGCCGCUACUAUAUCAUCUUCGCCGUUGUCAACGCUGCUAUUGUGCCCAUUGUGUAUUUCCUUUUCCCCGAGACUAAGGGGCGGUCACUGGAAGAGAUCGACGAGAUUUUCGCACAAUCCAAAUCUAUCUUCGACCCACCUAGUGUAGCUCGCGCUAUGCAAAGGCGUGCAAUACCGGUGAGCAAAUCCAACUCCAAUCGCGACGAUAAUACCGCCCGUGCCAUUAUUCUCAGCGAAGAGCUCAAGGCAUGA